AUGGCGCCGAAGAAGAAGGGAAACAGGAAGCAGGAGGAGGAUUGGGAAGCCGAACUUGGAGAGAGCAUUCCUCCUGCGGGCGGUGACAGCCCAGCUCAGGAGGAAGCUCCCGGCGCCGAUGGUGACGAUGGGGAGGCUGGUGGUGGUGGCUUGCUCGCCGCUUUGAGAAAGAACAAGAACAAGAAGGCCAAGAAGGGGAAGCCGACAAACGACUUCGUCGAGGGCGAGGACCCUAUUCAAGAAGCCAACGGUGAUGCAGACUUUACUAGCAAGCAACCUGAAGAAGGCACGUUCGACGAGGAUGAUGUAUUCGCUGGGAAGAAGAGCAAGCCGAUCAAGGCUGCGCCUCCGCCACCAGCACCUGUGGAUGAGGAUUCUGGCCCUCGCGUGAAAACUAAGAAGGAGAAGGAGAGGGAGAAGAAAGAGAGGGAAAAGCAGCGAAAGAGGGAACAGGCCGCGAAGAAGAAAACUACCGAACCCAAACAGGCUGAACAAAAGAAACCAGAACCGAAGAAAGAGGAACCUGUUGCUGCACCCUCCACGCCUGCCCCUGCCCCUGCCCCUGAGCCUGAGCCUGCCGCCGGUGGCAAGAAGAAGAAGAUCCCCGCUCACCUGGCUGCAAUCCAGAAGCAGCAGGAAGCUCUUAGAAAGCAGCGCGAGGAGGAAGAACGCCGUCUAGCAGAAGAGAAGGCUGCAGAAGAGGCGCGGCGACUCCAAGAGGAGGAAGAGGCGAGGAAGAAGGAGGAAGCUCGCCAAAGGAGGAAGGAAAAGGAGAGGGAAAAGAAGGAACAAUUGAGGAGGGAAGGAAAGCUGCUCACCAAAGCUCAGAAGGAAGCCAGGGAGCGUAAUGAGCUCCGCAUGAAGCAGAUGCUUGCUGCAGGUGUUGGUACGGUUGCUGGGUUGCAGAAGGAUCAACCUGAGAAGAAGAAACCCGUUUACGAGAACAAAAAGAAGAAGGGUCCGAAGAAGCAGGAUGAAGACCUUGAGGCUGCUGCUGCUCGUGCUAAGGCUCAGCGCGAGGCAGAAGACGAGCGACGACGAAAAGAGGAGGAGGAGCGGAAAGCAAAGGCUGAAGCUGAAGCUGCCGCUGCCGCUGCCGCUGCUGGUGAUGAGGAGAGCGAGCUCGACGAUUGGGAGAAGGCUGCUGAUGCCGAGGAGGUGAAGGAUAGCUGGGACGCACCUAGUGAUGAUGAGCCAGAGAAGCCCGCCGCUACAAACGAUGAAGAGAUAACUCUACCAGAGCGACCUGCAGCUAAGCCCGCCAAAGAGGAAGCAAAUGAGGAGUCUUCAGAAGAGGAUUCGGACGAAUCUGACUCUGAUGAAGAAGAAAAAUCCGCCGCGCAAAAAGCAAUCGCCCAACGGAAGGCGGAGGCUGCUGAGCGGAGGAAGAAGCAACACGAGGAAGCUUUAGCUGCUCGUUCAAAGGACAACUUGCGAUCUCCUAUUUGUUGUAUUCUUGGGCACGUCGACACUGGUAAGACUAAGCUGCUAGAUAAGAUUCGACAGACAAACGUCCAAGAAGGUGAAGCAGGUGGUAUCACCCAACAGAUUGGUGCCACAUACUUCCCUGUCGAUGCUCUGCGCCAGAAGACUGCUGUUGUCAACAAGGAUGGUUCCUUCGAGUUCAAGAUCCCCGGUUUGCUCGUCAUCGACACUCCUGGUCACGAGUCUUUCUCCAACUUGCGAUCAAGAGGUUCCUCUCUUUGCAACAUUGCCAUUCUUGUCGUCGAUAUCAUGCACGGUCUUGAACCUCAAACACUAGAAUCCAUGCGACUUCUCCGUGAACGCCGAACUCCCUUCAUCGUCGCUCUGAACAAGAUUGACCGUCUUUACGGUUGGAAGAAGAUUGACAACAACGGUUUCCAGGAGAGUUUGGCUAUGCAGAGCAAGGGCGUCCAGAACGAGUUCCGCACUCGUCUUGAGCGCACCAAGCUUCUCUUUGCCGAGCAAGGUUUCAACUCGGAGCUUUUCUACGAGAACAAGUCCAUGGCCCGCAAUGUCUCCCUUGUGCCCACUUCUGCCCACACCGGUGAAGGUGUCCCCGACAUGUUGAAGCUGUUGACAACAUUGACUCAGGAGCGUAUGACCAACUCUCUAAUGUACCUGUCCGAGGUUGAGUGUACCGUCCUUGAAGUUAAGGUUAUCGAAGGUCUUGGUACCACCAUUGACGUCGUCCUCUCCAACGGUAUUCUCCGGGAAGGUGAUCGAAUCGUGCUGUGCGGUCUUAACGGACCCAUAGCAACCAACAUUCGAGCGCUGCUUACGCCUGCUCCUCUAAAGGAACUCCGAUUGAAAUCGCAAUACGUCCACAACAAAGAGGUCAAGGCGGCUCUUGGUGUCAAGAUUGCAGCCAACGAUCUUGAACACGCCAUUGCUGGCUCUCGUCUCAUGGUUGUCGGACCUGACGAUGACGAGGAGGAUAUUGAAGAAGAAGUCAUGUCUGAUCUCGAGAACCUUCUCAGCAAGGUUUCCAAGGAUCAGCGCGGUGUCAGUGUUCAGGCUUCUACACUUGGUUCUCUAGAAGCUCUGCUCGAGUUCCUUCGUGUCUCUAAGAUUCCAGUUGCCAACAUCUCCAUUGGUCCCGUCUACAAGCGCGAUGUCAUGAUGUGCGGUACAAUGUUGGAGAAGGCCAAGGAGUACGCGGUCAUGCUCUGCUUCGAUGUCAAGGUUGAUAAGGAAGCACAAGCCUACGCAGACGACGUUGGUGUCAAGAUUUUCACCGCAGACAUUAUCUACCACCUGUUCGACGAUUUCACCAAGCACAUGGCCGAACUGACGGAACGCAAGAAGGAAGAGGCCAAGCUGCUCGCCGUCUUCCCCUGUGUUCUUAAGACUGUCGCCGUCUUUAACAAGAAGGACCCCAUCGUCAUCGGUGUCGAUGUUGUCGAGGGUAGCCUCCGUCUACACACGCCUAUCGCCGCCAUCAAAACAAACGCAACAACGGGUGCUAAGGAAGUUGUCGAACUCGGUAGAGUUGCCGGUAUCGAACGUGACCACAAGCCUGUCAACGUUGUCAAGCGAGGCCAACCCUCCGUCGCCGUCAAGAUCGAAGGCGCCAAUCAGCCCAUGUACGGCCGUCAGCUCGAAGAGUCGGACACACUAUACUCCCAGAUUUCUCGUGCAAGCAUCGACACCCUCAAGGAGUUCUACCGGUCGGAUGUCUCCAUGGAUGAAUGGGCUCUUAUCAAGAAGCUCAAGCCUGUUUUCGAUAUCCCUUGAUUGUCUCGCGCAGUUUGAGCUCAAAUGAGGCAGUGCCUAUUCCUCAGACGCUCCGGGCGGAGGUGCUCCGAGUGUUAUUUGGACCUUCAAUGACCUUGAUGCUCGACACUCUACGUUAGAAAAUGUCAUGAACGUCUGACGGAUCAAUGGAUGAAGAUAAAUAACAGGAAGUUAUGAUUUGAUUUGUCAGGAUGUGGAUUGAUGUAGAUGACUAGGAUUAUAAAAAUACUGUAGUUGAUACCUAGCUAGCUUUCCGACUCAAUUUUACAAAAAUAGUUUGGAUAAUCUUCCUCGCUGUCCAAUCCGCCUCUAGCACUUGUAUGUACACGCCUUCCCAUACGCAAAACUCAACUUUGCCAUCGGUUUGAAGGAGCAAAUCAUUCAUUUACUCUUCAUACCCCUCCCACUUCUCUACCUUCCCACCCCUCGCCGCCCAAUCCCUCCAACUACCCUCAUAAACCCCAAUUCGUUCAGGCUCAUACCCGGCCUGAACAGCCAGUUGUGCCGCAGUUUUCGCUCUCACACCCGCUAGGCAGUAGAAGACAAUAUCUCCCUUCCCGCCGUCGGCGCCGGGCUUCGGAUACCCAAACCUUGUCUCGAAUUCGUCUGGUGUCAAAAACAGCGCGUCCGGCUGCGAUGCUAGGGGCACCGCAACUGCGGAAGGGAUGAUUCCGGUUCUGGUGAGUUCGGCGGGUUCGCGGACGUCGACGAGAAUGAGAUUCUUUUGCGGGUUGGACGGGGGCGUCGAUGGAGAUUCGGAAGG